UUUAUGUGUAACCUUUGAGUGAUUUUCCUAUUUCUUUAAUUGUUAUUUAAACACUAUUUUGGUACGACCGCAGUUCUCAAGAUGACGAAAUGUCUGCAAAUUCCUUUCUUUGUGUUUCAUUAUUGAAUUUAUUUUCGCGUUGAAAAAAAAUCAUGUUUCACAUAACUUCGCCUUAAACAAAUAAAGAAUUAAACUUUUGAUAAAGAAAGAAAAAAAAAUAAUUUAAAUAAUUUUAAUAAAUAUGGCUGUCUCUUUAGCAAAUUAUCCACAAACCGGUGAAACUUCGAAUUUGUCAGAAUAUGACGAUGAAAAUGUUUCCUUAGUCAGUUUUCUUCCUUCACAUACUAAACAACCUUUACCACGACUUCCUAUUUUUGAAACCGGUAUACCUCAACGAAAUGGAAAUGUGACAAAUAAAAAUAUUCCCUCUUUUAAUAAACGUAAUUCUUUUCCACAUUCUGUACCGCGAAACUCAUCCUAUACAAAUCGUCAUAGUAUGUGUGGUGAUUUACCUUCACAACAAACAAACUGUAAUAGUAUUAAUAAGUCUUCUACUAAAAUGCGAAGAAGGGCUGCAAGUUUUGGUGAAAAUUCCGUUGUAUGUAAUAAUAAUAAUAAUAAAUUUAAUAAUAAUAUUAAUAGUAAUAGAUUAACUACAACAGAAAUAGAGAAGAAAUAUACAACUUCAUUAAUUAUUCAAAUACCUUCGAAAGUAGAUAAAGUUGAAUCUCCAAGAUUAUCUCCAAGAUCUCUAAAACCUUCUCAAGAAGAAAAAUCAUCACCAAAAGGAAAAUCUUGGGCUGAAAAUUCUCCAAAGUCUGCAACAGCGCAAAAUCAUAAUAUAGAACAAAAACAAGAAAUAUUAGAUAAUAAUAAAGCUGAAGCGUCUAAUAAUAAUCAAAAUCAGAAUGAAAAAGAAUUAGAAAAAUUAUCGUCUUUAGAUAAAGGUCAUAGUUGUAAUGUUUCAGAUGAUAAUGCAAAAGAUCAAAGUAAUCGUAUAGAGAAUAAUAAUACUGAAAAUCCUCAAUUAAUUAGUAAUGAUAAUUUAAAUUCAAAUUUAAUUUCUCAAAAUUCAAAAUCACAAUCGCAUAAUCGAUCAUUUUUUAGACAUAGUGUUACAUUAAAUCAUCAAGCUGGUGGUUCAAGUACCGAUCUUAGAAAAUCAAUGUAUAAAGAACCAUCUUUUAAAAAACGAUUGAGAAAAGUCUUUAGUUUAACUAAUAUCAGACAAGAUAAUAAUAAUUCUAGUAAAACAAAUUCUACACCUUCAUCAGCUUCUAGCCAUAAAUUUUCUUCGCUUAGAGGUGAAAAAUAUAAUUUCGCUGUUGAUAAUGAUGACAAUUCAUCUAACAACGAUAAAGAUGACGAUAUGUCAGUAUCAUCGGUCUCAUCUAAUAAUGAUAACGUUCCUGCUAUUACACAAGAAAACAAGUCUGGUUCUCGUCGUCGAUCAUUUAUCGGCCUUUUUUCUUCAAAGAACGAAAAGAAACGUAACAAACAAGAUCGUCUUCAAAAGCAGCAACAGCGAUACCUUGAACAACAACAAUUGGAUCAACAAAAUAAACAAUUAGAUGAUAAUAAAAGGAGUAAUUCUAUUGAUGAAAUGAGAGAAAAUGAUAAUAACGAGGAAAAACAACAAAAUGACAACGGAAAUGAACGAGUAGACGAUGAUCCUGAUGAGAAAUCAUCUAUUCCUCCACGACUUUCAUCGUUACAAUCUUUAGAUAAUGAUUCUCCAAAUCAUUUUAAACAACAAAAUUCUACCUCACCUCUUUGUAAUCAAUUUCGUAUAAAUAAAUCACCGUCACGACCGUCCUCAUUACCAGCACCUGCUAAAGAUAAAGAACCUUCUUUAUCAGCCACAACUCCAAGGCGAUUGAGCGUUCCCGCUCCUCCUUCUAUUAUUAAACCUGAUAAUAAUAAUAAUCAAUCCAAAUCACCUUUUGUUAAUUUAGGUGCAAAUGGAACUCGUUCAGUUCCUUCUCUCGUUUUGCUUAGAGAUACUGACAUACCACCCGCUCCUUCUACACCUUCUUCUAUUAAGAAACUCCAGUUUUCUUCUAAAAUUCUUGUUCAUGAAACUUGGACACGCGAAGAUUAUGAUCGACGUGGUGAUCAAUCUACUUGUAACAAAUUAACUCCAAUUCUCGCCCAAAAAAUUAAAGAUGAAUUAAAUGAAUACAAAACAGUCGAAAUGCAAGUUCAUGAAGAUAGUAAGAAUAAUACUCAUUACUUUGCUUAAAUUAUUUACAAGUGCAGGUACACUCGGUACGUUCGGGUCACCAAAGUUUUUUGUUACUGUUGAACAGUAAUUUUGGAAAAAAAUUUUUCUUUUUACUUGGAUUUUCUUUCUUAAUCUGGUAAUUAGGAACAAUAGAUAUUUUAUGAGAAUUUUUUUUUUUUUCUUUU